AAAAUCGCACAUUUCAAUUCAAUCUUCAAUUCGCGAGUCAGUUCGAUGUACGACGGUUCGGAAAAUUGCGUUUUUCGCGGAUUUAAACGCAUUGUUCGGGUGCGAAAAUGUGCAAAGUAGUGAAAUAACGGUACCGUGAUUCGCGAGCGAGUGUUUUCCGGUGAUUUUGAUCCUUGUCCGUGUAGAUUUUUCCGAUUGAAAAUUUCGCGACGCCCAUCGGUGUUCUGUCGCGUCGUCGCGUCUGCAACGAUGGGAUUUUGCUGGAGUGUCGGCCUGCCGCCGCCGUCAUCCGGCAGCGUGUAGAAGUGUUGAAAAAUCAGCGGCUAGCAGCAGCAGGGGACGUCCGCGAUUCAAAGCCUGAUAACAGCGGCCGUCGAGACGCACGCGGACGGUCGCGACCAAUCCUGCAAUCGCGUGACUGUGUGUUUGUGCGUGAAUAGCGCAAACAUUGCCGAUCUGGAUAUUGAUAAGAGCGCAAAGGCAAGGUGCGCGAAAUUACGAGAUUACGUGAGCCGGGAUUAAAUGCGGGAUUUGAAAGAAGUGAGGGGAUUUGUGAGUUCAAAGUGAUGAUGUGGAUGUGAAUGAAAAUAGCAAGCUGGGGAUUUGUGUAGUAUGCUGGAAAUACAUGUGUGAAGUUAUAGUAAGCUAGACGAAUAAAUAAUGGGAUUAUUUUCAAAUGUAACAUUGGAUAAUAACUUAAGGCAUUAACCAGAUAGCAACACCUUCCAAUUGGAUUGAAGAUUGCGUUGAUGGCACCACCCCCGCAGUCGUCAUACUCCCUCCUCGAAGACGAUCGGAGCAGGAUGAUCUCGAUUGUUUCGAGUAGUAGCAGCAACGGCAGCCCCGCAUUUCAGUAGUGUCUUUAAUCUGGCGAUCCAGAGACUACUGAAACACCAAAGCGCUGCUGUUCGUCGGCCGCUGAAGAUCAAUGUUCGAUCGGGGGGGUCACCGCCAUCAUCAUCAUCAGCUACAGCAACAGAAGUAGCAUCUUCAUCAUCAUUUUCGUUGAUUCAAACAAACGCAACUCCCGUGUCGAGUAAUUGCCACAUAUAUCUACAAUUUGUAGCAGCACACAAGAAGAAAAAGCAGGGCAAGCCGAACGAAGCCACGAAUUCCGCGCGCCGUGUAUUUGCAAGAAGCGCCGAGCGCCUCUUCGCCCAGAACCACCUCCACCCGGCCAACCAAGAAUUACCUACCAAGUAAAGUCAUUCGGCGAAAUCGUGCCGGCAAAAAGUAUAUAGCAGAGAGUGCAAACCGCGAAAGAAAAACCGCGCCGGUCGGUGGUGCUGACCAUGAAAUGUGACACGGAAAUAUUGACCACCAACGAUCACGGUUCGGCCACGCUGGACGGAUGAGCCCCGGCUACACGCAUCGAAGUUACUUGCUUCCAUCAUCGUCGACGGUCGGCACAACAAUAAAGGCAAACACUGGCGAGUCUUGCCUUCGUUGUGACUUCCACGGAAUAGUGUGAUGAGUGUAUGAUGCUGAAGAGUAGUUCAACUGCGCGCUAACAAAUGUUAUGUUCCUUAUCGAAGAAAAAGAAGCGUACAACUGUGUCGUGGUGACCACUCGAAACAAAUCCAGUGCAAUAAUCGGUAAAUCUACCCAGUGAAUAAAUAGUGAAAAUUAUCCUUGCCUCGAAAGGGAUGUAAAAUUCUUAGAAGCAUUAGUUUGUUAAGUUGUUGUUGAUCAGCCAAGCAUAAUUGCAAUAAAAAAGUAGCUUUAAGUGGGAUACGGUUAUUGAUGAAUCGACAAGUCGAUUUUAAGUGUAAAGAAGAAUACUAAUGUAAAUGUAGCAAAGAAAAAAAUCCAGUGUAACGAAACCAGUGAAUUUCGGUGAUAAUCGGCGAUAAAAAGUGAUCGGAGAAAAAUCAAACAAGCACUGGAAUUACGCGCAAAUAGUAACAUAAUACCCAUCCACAAAGGUAUAAGCAAACACAUCAACCGAAACAUGAAGCGGAUACCGAGGAAACCGAGCAGCAGCAGCCUGCCCGGGUUCAGUAUGGACCGGGAGAGUCUGGCGGAAUGGGCAAAGGAUAAGCCCCUCAGCAUCCUGCAGCUGGACCCGGCGGAUCGUGCCGUACUGAGAAUAGCAGACGAACGAGAUGCCAUACAGAAGAAAACAUUCACAAAAUGGGUCAACAAACAUCUGAAAAAGCAUUGGAAAUAUCUCAAGACCUACACCCACUUACAUGUAUGUGUUAUCAUCAAUGGAUUACCCUGUUGUCCGCCAGCUGCCUCCCGAAGGGUAGACGAUCUGUUCGAAGAUCUGCGCGAUGGACACAACCUUCUUUCUCUCUUGGAAGUAUUAUCUGGCGAACAUCUUCCAAGGGAGAAGGGAAAAAUGCGCUUCCACAUGCUGCAGAACGCACAGAUGGCGCUCGAUUUCCUGCGCUACAAGAAAAUCAAACUGGUUAACAUCCGGGCGGAGGACAUCGUCGACGGCAAUCCAAAGCUCACACUCGGUCUCAUCUGGACCAUCAUCCUGCACUUCCAGCUGAAUCCAAAGCACAAUUUAACCGAUCCGUUGAGGCGACAGAUUUCCGACAUCGUCGUCGGACAGGAGGACAAUCUAACGGCACGGGAAGCCCUGCUCCGAUGGGCCCGCCGUUCCACAGCCAAAUACCCGGGCGUCCGGGUGAACGACUUCACCGGAUCCUGGCGGGAUGGUUUAGCGUUUUCGGCACUGAUCCACCGGAAUCGGCCCGAUCUCAUCGACUGGCGAGAUUCGAGAUCGCGCCGACCGCGGGAGCGGUUGGAGCAGGCGUUCCACGUGGUGGAACGGGAGUACGGCGUGACGCGGUUACUCGACCCGGAGGACGUUGACACCAACGAACCGGACGAGAAAUCGAUGAUCACCUACCUGAGUUCCCUGUACGACGUCUUCCCGGAGCCGCCCCAAAUCCACCCGCUCUUCGACAUGGAAUCCCAACGAAGGGUACAGGAAUACCGGGAGAUGGCCCAAACGCUUCUCUACUGGUGCCGCGAAAAGACAUCCCUCCUGCAGGAACGAGCAUUCCCCACCACUCUGAUCGAACUCAAACGGUUACUAUCGGACCUGAAUAGGUUCCGUAGCGAAGAAGUGCCACCGCGACUACGCGACAAACAACGACUGUUCACCAUCUACAAAGAGCUGGAGAAAUACUUCGAAUCGAUCGGCGAGGUGGACGUGGAAACCGAGCUGCGGCCCGAAUCGCUGGAGAAAGCCUGGCACAGACUCAUGUCCGCACUGGCGGACCGGGACAUGAUCCUCCAGCAGGAGGUGCAACGGCUCGAGCGGCUCCAAAAGCUCGCCGACAAGGUCCAGCGCGAGUACAAACACACCGAAACCGUGAUCACCAAGAUCGAAACCCGAAUCUCAGAGGAGAGCCGCCGCAUCGAGCGGCUGCAUCCUGUGGAAGCAAAGAACAUCGUCGAGGGACUGGAAGGGGACAUCCGGCACCUGGAGCAGCCGCUCCAGGAAAUGAACGAUGACUGCCAUAGCCUGAAGGACGGCCGGUACCCACAGGCUGGAGACCUGCAUAAAAAAGUCACAAAACUGCACCAACGGUGGUCCCAGCUGCGAACAACAUUCCACACUAGUUUAGUACAAAAAUUGUCCGGAUUGAGCUACCCAGUUCAGGAGACGACGAUCACGAAACAGACACGUGUAGUGACCGAAACACGCCAAAUCGGAACGAAUCCCUACUUCCGGGAUGUCCAGGAGUACACCGAGUGGUGCCAAUCUAAGCUGAAACAACUACUCACCUCCGAUUACGGAUCGGACCUGCCGUCGGCCAAGGUCGAACGGGAACGGCACCAGCACGAGCACAAGGUGAUUGAUCAGUUCCACUCGAAGAUUAUCCAGGCCGAACGGCACCAGAGCAAUUUUAGCGGCGACGAGCUGCAGCUGUACCAGCAGAAGCUCAGCCAGCUGCAGAAAAUCUACGCCGAACUGUUGAGCACGUCGACGAAGCGGCAAUCGGACUUGGACGCGCUGGCGGAUUUCCUGGCGGUUGCGACGGCCGAGUUGAGCUGGCUCAACGAUCGGGAACAGAUCGAGGUCAGCCGGGACUGGGCCGACAAGAACCUGGACCUGUCGGCCGUGCAUCGGUACUAUGAGUCUACUUUCAAGCGUACGUACGGAAACGGUGACGAAAACCUGAUGUCCGAGCUGGAGGACCGCGAGAAGCACUUUGCCACCAUCCUCGACCGCGGAGAGGCACUUCUAGUCCAACAACACCCCGCCUCCAAGUGUGUCGAGGGUCACCUGCAGGCCCUCCAGUCGCAGUGGUCCUGGCUGCUGCAGCUAACCCUCUGUCUGGAGGUGCACCUGAAGCACGCCACCGAUUACCAUCUGUUCUUCGACGAGAUCCACGAGGCGGAAACCUGGCUGGCCAAGCGGGACGACAUCCUGAACACCAAGUACUCCCAGUCGGAGUUUUCGCUCGAUCAGGGCGAGGGACUGCUGCGCGGCAUGCAGGACAUCCGCGAGGAGUUGAAUGCCUUCGGCGGCAGGGUGGCCCGUAUGCAGGACCAAGCCACAACGAUAGUGCCUUUGAAGCAGCGCAAGCAGCCCGUCAAUCGGCAGUGCACCGUCCAAACCAUUUGCUCCUACAAGCAGGGUAACAUCUCGCUGGAAAAGAACGAAUCCUGCACCCUGCUGGACACAUCCGGCCGGGUCAAAUGGCGCGUGAAAACGAACAAGGGCGCGGAAGGUUCCGUCCAUGGGGUGUGCCUGCUGCUGCCUCCACCCGAUCAGGAAGCGAUCGAGGCGGCCGAUCGGUUGAAGCGUCUGUUUGACCGAUCGAUCGCCCUCUGGCAGAAGAAGCAACUGCGGCUGCGCCAGAACAUGAUCUUCGCCACCAUCAAGGUGGUCAAGGGCUGGGACUUUGAGCAAUUUUUGGCCAUGGGUGCCGAGCAGCGGACGGCCAUCCGGCGGGCGUUGAACGACGACGCCGACAAGCUGCUGGCCGAGGGCGAUCCGGCCGAUCCGCAACUAAGGCGGCUGAGGCGCGAGAUGGACGAGGUCAACCGACUGUUUGACGAAUUCGAGAAACGUGCCAGAGCUGAAGAGGAAAGCAAACAAGCUAGCCGAAUCUUCACCGAACAAUGCAUCUCCCUCAAGACCCGCUUGGAGGAGAUGGCACGCGAGCUGGACCACAUAAUCCUCUCGCCGAUGCCGCGCGAUCUGGACUCGCUGGAACACGCCGUCCAGAUCCUGGAGGACUACAAACGCCGGCUGGGUCUGCUGGAACCGGACCUCAAACACCUGCAGGAAACAUUCCGUACCAUCACGCUGAAAACGCCCGCUCUCAAGAAGAGUCUGGACAAUCUGCUGGAACUGUGGAAGGAGCUCAACACGCAGGCGAGCCUACACGGCGAUCGGCUGAAACUGCUCGAAGGUGCCCUAGCUGGCCUGGAGGACAACGAGCAGGUGAUCUCCGAUCUGGAGGGCAAACUAUCCCGCCAGCUGGAGUUGCCAUCGUCGCAGGAGGGCCUGUACGAGGUGUUCAAGCGAUUGAGCUCCAUCCAGGAAACGAUUUCCGCCCAACAGCCGGAAAUGGACAAGAUGAACGACUCCGCUGAUCAGCUCGGUCGCAUGGGCGUUCCUACCAAGGUGCUGGGCGAUCUGAAGCGGCUGCACGCCAACGUUGAACGGCUGAACUCCCGCUGGAACAACAUCUGCGGACAGUUGGCCGAACGGCUACGUAGUGUCGAAACCGCCAUCGGGCUGAUGAAGAACCUACAGACGAGCAUCGUUGUCGAGGAGACGUGGGUCGAGAAGCAAACCGAAAAGCUGCAAGCAUUGCCAACGGCCACCUCCGCAAGAGAGCUGGACACCAUGCUGGGAGAGGCCAUGGAGCGAGCGCCGAGGAUCGAACAGGUCAAUCUCACCGGUGGCCGCUUGAUCCGUGAAGCUAAGAUCUACGAUGGCAAGUGUUUGCACUACAUCGACUGGCUGGUGGAGAUACGGCCGAGCUUUUCGCCUCCCCGGCAGGACCUGCGGCCACCGGACGCCGACCCGGGCGCCACCGAUGUGUACUCGAGGCGGCUGGACACCCUGAACGGGCGGUACGAGUCGCUUCUGGAGCAGCUCACGCAGCGGCUCAAGACGGCGAUCGAGGUGAAUGGCGCGGACGGAUUGCGCUUUGCCGAAAGUCUCCAGAAGCCGCUUCGAACCUAUCGGAUGGAGUUCAAUCUUGGCGGCCGUCCGGUGAGCAGCAGCAGCAACAACGCCAACGGCACCGGCACCGGCACCGACGACGGUUUCCGGGAAAUUACGGAGGACGUCUACACCAGCACCUACUCGGCUACGCAGAUCACCAAAAUCACCAACAACAAGCUGAUCUACGACGCCAUGGAUUCGUCGGCAGCAGGCCCUGGUGGGCCAACAUCUCGGGAGGGUUCCCCGAAAAAGGUGAGCAAGGUGGACUUGCACUCGGAUGUGCACCAUCAGCAGCAGCAGCCCAAUGGCGGCGGUAACAACGCCUCCUCAGUUCAGUUCACCGAGAUUCGAAGCUUGAAACGGGUUUCGCGCGCCAACGAAGCGGUCGGUACGAACAAUGGGUUGGAAGAUGGCGACACCAUACUGAACACGCCGGGCAUCCGGGAUCCGGUGAGUGGUCGCAUUUUGACGGUCGGGGAAGCGAUUCGGUUGAGGAUACUGGACGUGCGGAGCGGUCAGUUGAAUGUGAACGGCGAACGGUUGAGUCUGGAGGAGGCGGCGCGAAGGCAACUGAUCGAUGUGGAUCUGGUGGAUAACUUGUUGAGGCCCGGCGCAGCGCUGGAUCGCGACGGACGGCCCAUGAGCCUGCUGGAGGUGAUACAGAAGGAAAUUCUUGAAGCGGAAAACGGCUACGAUAGCACGGAAAAACGAAUCAAGGUAACGACCAGCCACGAGGCAUCUCCUGUCAAGCGCACCUCCACUGUAAAGUAUAACGAGAAAGAAGCAAAAAGUAUUGUCGAUGCAAUUAAGCAGGGCCUGGUCGAUACCGGAAGUGGUCUUUACCGUACGGAGACCGGCGACCUUAUCACUCUGGCCGAUGCCUACGAGUACGGUUACUUGAUUCGUAAUAAAACAAUCACAAUAAUGCCCCAUACGCUCUCUCUGACCGAUUCCAUCGGCCAGGGACUGGUGGACAAUGGUGGUUGGGUCAUUGAUCGUAACACUGGCGACACGUUCCGACUAGAUUCAGCCAUCGCGAAAAAAUUGGUCAAUCCCGAUCUGCGGGAGAUCGUCGACACCAAGAGCGACAUAAAGAUCACGGUGGCACAAGCCCUGGAACAGGGCAUCCUCAAUGCCAAAACGGGCCGGUACAUGAAUCCAUUGACGAAGGAAAAACUAACAUUCGCAGAGGCACGAAACCGGCAGCUCAUCUGCAAGCCAAUGACACUGAAAGACGUUUGUGAUUUAAGUUUGUUUGACAAGUCGGAUAAAAUCGCUUCUCCUACGAGACGCAAUCGGGUCAAUAUUCCUGGUGCUAUUAGUUUAGGUGUGUUAGAUAGCGAUAGCAUUAAGUGUGUUUACAAAACGAAGGGCGAACUGCUGACGUUGAAGGAAGCCCUCGAGCAGGAGAUUAUACUCCCGUUCGAGAACCGCUUCCGCCACUCCGAAACCGGUGAGUUAAUGACCAUUCCAGAAGCGGUCGAUCGAGGUCUAAUCUCAUCGGUUGCAAUCAAAUCAAUUUUCAACAUUUCUGGUUUCAAAGAUCCACAUUCCGGGGAAUUUGUUUCGCUCAAUACGGCUCUCGCGAAGAACAUAGUUCGCAAAAAGGAGGGUCGCUUCCAACUAGAUGUGGGGAAGGGGAUCCUCGUUGAUCUACCUGAAGCCGUUGCUCAGGGACUCAUCCGUCCAGAGGUUCACGAAAUGCUCAGCCGAAAAAUUGGGGUAAUUGUCGGAGAGGAGCACGAACUUACUCUACUUGAUCUAGUCUACCACGAUCUUAUUGACACUAAAACUGGUUUUCUGUUGGAACAUGGCACCAACAAGGUCCUUCCACUUGAACCAGCCAUAGAGCGUAAAUUCAUUACACCAGACGGCGCCUUACUACUGAUUAGCCUAUUGAACAUCACCCUCACCACGGAAACCGUCUUAAAGACGAUCAAACGCUAUGUUACCAUUACGCACACAGGGGAACAGGUGGAAACUCAACCGGACGUGCUGCUCUCCUUCACGGAAGCCGUCCGCCAGGGGUUAAUCGAUGAGAAUACUCGCACUUACCGCGACCCUUCCACCGGAAACGUUUACUCCGUACAACAAGCUUUAAACCAUGGCCUUAUCCUGCCGGACACGGAAGCAGUUCCGGUGACGGAGGAAUCUGGUAGCGAAGUUCCUAGUAGUAAACCUGCUUCCAUUCCUUUACAGUUCGAAACUCGCGUUACGAAAGGCACUAACGCCAAGAAUAUCCACAUUACAACCGAGUUCUUGGACAGGGAGCGCAAGGAAACUCAAACCUACGAGCUUCCUCCCGAUGGGUGGCUUCUAGCCGAAGCUAUCGCCAAGCAACUGUACGAUCCCGUUGCCGGUCUUUUCAUCAUUCCUGGAACGGAUCGUUUGGUUAGCUUCGAAGAAUGCAUUAAUUUGAAGAUCAUCAACCGCCAAUCGGCGUUCGUUGUUGACCCGAAGAAUUCACAACGACGGGUCACCUUAGACAUUGCACUCGACAGGAAGAUGCUUGAUGCCACCGGUCACUAUGAACCCAUAGGGUCAGAUAAAAUCACGAUGAAGGAAGCCCUUGAUCGCGGUUAUGUAAUUUUUGCGCAACCCGUUGAUCGAACAUCGGACGGAGCUGCCAAUCGCACAAUCCAGGUUACCAGAAUACCCGGUCAACCUGAUGUUAUUGAAGUUUCUUCCACGGAUGACCAAAUGGUGCAGAUCAGAAGCCUCAAAACUCCUGAACUUCUUAGCCCGGAACCCUUGCAACUGGCUCCGGGUAUCAUCUAUGAUCCCUCUACAGCUCUCGUGAUCUUUACGGAUACGGGUAAAUCCGACAACAUUGUCCACGCUGUCACGAGCGGGAAAAUCGAUCCCAAUCUGGUGAAGAUCAAGGAUCCCAAAACGGGCGAGGUGAUCACUAUCACCGAAGCCGUAAACCGAGGAGUUCUUGAUCCUCAAACAGGGGCUGUCAAAGAUCCCUCCGGACGAUCGAUCAGUUUGAUUGAAGCAGCGCAAGCGGGGGCUUUGGCCGUAUGUGGCGCUCCACUGGUAGCCGCGGCAGGCGCUCUUGCUCUACUCAAAACAAUCGUCGAUCCUACCACCGGUGAAGAAAUUCCGAUCGAGUUGGCCUACGAACGUGGCUUGAUCAGCAAGAGUCAACUUCCCAGUCCGGAACGGGCUGCACUGAGGAAGAAACUUAGCGUGGAGGACAACAGUCGACGAUCGUCCGACGGGUUUGUGGUUACUAUUGGCGACGGGAAAGAACCUCUGGUUCUACAGCGCAUGCGGAAAUGUGUACUGCGUCCGAAGGAUGCAGCUGAGAAAGGUAUUAUUGAUCAUGCCACGGCUGAAGUUCUUGAAAAUCCCAAACUAUUUGAUGGCGGGUUAUCAUUAGAGCGAUCGAUCGCUGCUGGACGUUUGGAUGGCAACCAGGGUAAGAUCGUUGAUCCACAACGAGGUCACGUGCUAACAAUCAAUGAAGCCAUGCGUCGUGGAAUUCUCGAUCGACACGGCACGAAUUGCGUAUUUAUUCCUCUUGCCAGAUCUCUUUCUAUUCCCGAACUCAAAACACAAGGUCUUCUGGACGUUGAAAGCUCCAAGAUCUUCCAUCCCGAGUCAGGUCAGCUACUAACGCUGAAAGAAGCAACCAUUUGCGAAAUUGUUGAUCCCUUAGCUGAAGUAGUGCUUAAUGGUAAUCAACGACUGCCUUUAGAACAAGCCAUUGAGACCGGUAAAGUGAAUGCUGACAAGUGUACCGUCGAUAACGUGAAACUGAACGAUGCAAUCGAUUUGAAUGUGUUUAUAGUGCCAAAUUAUUCUGCUCAGAUUCCCCCUGUUGGGAUGACCAUUCCUGUGAUCGUUAAACGUCACCUGUUAGAUGUAGAUCGUAAAGAAAUUAUGCACCCUAUCAGCGGAAAUCGAAUGUCUGUGAAUGAUGCAAUCAGGAAAGACUUUGUCAUGGCAAUUCCAUACACUCCGAACGCCGAUGCUACGGACAUCAAUGAUGCGCUCGAUAAAAAGUUGAUCAGUACGAAGAAAGUGUCCUUCACUAACCCCAAAACCUCCGAAGAGAUACCUCUGCAAGAAGCCAUUGAAACUGGCUUGCUGGAAGUGAAGCCUCUCCCAGAAAUGGUCCGAGGAAUGCAAGCCAACACGGCUGUGGCGUCAAUACAGGAAACCAUAUCAUCUUGUCACACAAUCACAACGAAAACUGUGGAAAUCCAAUCGGGUUAUGCUCUCAUCUCGACUACCGAAGUGCAAGACACUGCGACGGGUGAGAUCAUGUCAGUGGAAGAAGCCAGGCGACGAGGAAUCGUCAGCGAUGAGGAACAAACCAAGAACGAAGUUCUGAACGAAGAAGUCAACAUCAAUUUUAGCGAUGCGCUACAGAGAGGAUUGCUGGAUGUCACAAAGGGCAUGUUCCGGCAUCCGGACAGCGGGGAUGUUAUGACAAUCUCGGAUGCCGUCGACAAGGGAUACAUUGCAUCGAAAACGGCAAGCGACGAAGCGUUGAACCGCUCGCCGGAGAUGGUCCACAGGGUGAUGGCGAACGUGGACGUAACUCAGGGAACUUCCCUUGAUCCUAAGAAACAGGAGAUUGUUCAUAAGAUACAGAUACAGGAUGAUAGGGAGACUCCUUUCGAUCGCAAUGUUUCUCUACCGGAGGAGAAAACGAACGAUGGAAAGUUUCCGGAAAAUAUCAAGGACGCUGCUAAGAUGGGACUGAUGGCGAUGGUGGGAGCGCCUGUCCUAGGAGGAAUGGCCAUAGCCGGGGCAGUGAAGAAAGUGUUUGAGAAAAAGGAGAGUGAGAAAUCGAGUUCAGCAACUGUUGUAGAUCCGAGUGGUGCGGUGGUCGAGACUUCAACUCAGCAGAUCAAUUCAACGACAAUCCAGGUGAUUACAAAAACAUUCGAAGGAACACUUUCGGAUGGUGACGAUUCCACAAAAUCUGAAGUUAAAAUUUCAGUUGUUGAUCCAGCUGGAACGGAGAUUAAGGUCGAGAAGGUUGAAGAGCCAACGCAACAGCUUCCUAUUGUCGAUCAACAGUUUAGCAAAGAAAUUGUUUCGAUCGUUGAAGAACCAGUGUCUCACGUUGAAAUCAGCGAGGUAGUAACAGACCCAACUGCAGAAACAGAAAUAACUGAGGUUGUAACAACGAUAAUAACUGAAGUUAAGGUGGAAUCAGUGGAUACUGAGAUUGUUGAGGAAGUUAGUGAACCACUCGAAGGAACCACUGAUGGAGCCAUUCCAAUUCCCUCAGAAGGCUCCGUUGCAGCCCCCGUCGGAACAAGUACAGCAGUUGUACCUAAAGACGAGACAAGCGGAUCUUCAAAGCAACCUGUUGAGACAAUUAUUAAAGUCUCGCUAAUCACGGAAGAAGGUGUACAUCAAACUGAAUUGGAUGAUAAGAGAGCACCAACUGAAGAACUUUCGGACAAAGAUGAUUCGGAUAAGGCAAAGAGUGUGGAAGAUUCAUCAGUUAAGUCUGAAAAACAAACAGAAAGUGCUAAAAAUGUAACAGAAACAAUUAAAAAACCAUUAGGCAACGAUUCUGUUGAUCAAAUGCCAACAAAAUCCGUAGACCUAGACGACAAAACUGCUGAACCUAUCGCAGAACUUCAAGAAUCAAGUGUAACUAAUAAAUCCAAACAAGAUACAAACGCCCAAACGCCUGUAGCUGAACCAGAACAGGUACCGUUAACAGUAGCUAAAGUGCUUACACCGGAAACAGAGCGUCAAUUAAGUGAUGGACAAAAACCUGAAGAUUCUAGGGUGGAGUUUGCACAUGAAAGUGAAAUUGAUGGAGCGAAAUCCGAGCCUACCGUUCAAGAACCACAGGACGAGGAGAAACAGAGCAACGUUGUGCCAACUGAUGAUCACCAGAGUUCAACAGAACACGAUUCCUCGGAAAUCGCACCACAUAAGGAACAAGCCGUGACCGCGCAUCAGGAAUCGUCUGGAGAUCUCACGGUUGACGAGAAAGUGCCAAAACUGGAAGACGAUCAGGAUCGUGUUGGACAAGUCUCCACGGAAGAGAAACCAAGUAUUUCUUCGGCUAGUGAAGGUGCGCCUGUACCUGCAGGAAUUGCCCCCAAAAAGGACUCAGAUCAUUCGGAAGAUUCUGAUCAAACAUCCGCUUCUGCAAAAGACUCUUCAGAGAUUCUCCCACCAACUGAAGUUCGAAUUCCAGCUGUUGAGCCAAGUGAAGCAAAGAUUGAUAAUUCUUCAGCUCCAAGCGAAACAAUCCACAUAUCGAACAAGUCUUUGGAAAUUUCUAUGGAUUCAGCACCUUCAACAGCUUCAAUUCCAACGGAAGCAGGCGCUCCAGGAACCAGCAGUCCCAGCGCAGUCCACGUAAAGGAGAAAACUCCUGAGCGUCCAACUGAGCUAAAGACAACGAAAGAGUCCAGUGGUAGUGAAACCGGUAAAAAGGUUCUGGACGCUGCCAAGCUGGGUUUGAUGGCCGUCGUAGGUGCUCCGAUCCUGGCCGGAAAAGCAGUCGUAGACGCUCUGAAGAAGGAUCGCUCCGAAGAGCAACCGGAAUUGCCUGCCCAAAAGAGCGCCAAACCGUCCAUAGCGGACGCCACAGCUGCAUUCCUGGAACAAGAACGAUCACCGGGCGAUGGCAAACGAGAGUUCCGAGAACUGGAGAAAACUAUCGGUGGUAUUCUGGAACAGGAAGACGCAGAUGGAAGGCUACUGAAGACGCCGGAGAAGCAUGUCACUUUCGAUAUUACCGAGCAAACUCCUGAACACCGACCUGCUAAAAGCGAGCCGUACGAGAGACUUUCUCUCGGGGAAGCGAUCGCUCAAGGUAAAAUCAUUCCGAAAGUAUGUCGCGUACUGGUAGACGACAAACAGAUGCCGUACACUGUGGAGGAAGGCCUAAACAAUAGAAAUGUCAGAAUCUACGAUAUUGUGGAUGUUAUUUCUCAGGAAUUGGUUUCAUUCGUCGAGGGUGAGGCCGAUGGUUUGGUGAUCGAUGAAACGCUGACCAAGCAGAAGUUGAUUGAACUGGGUGUGUAUGAUCCGGAGACGGGUAGCUUCAUCAAUCCGAAUAACGGCGAGAAAAUUUCUUUCCGCGAUCUUAUCUACAACUCCGGUUUGAUUGAUCCUACCACGGUAUUCGUGAAAGAUUUGGGCCGGGACAAGUACGAGACCUUGGAUGUAGCCCUUCAGAAACAUCUGAUCGACAAGAACACAGGUCACAUGUUGGAUAACAAAUCUGGCAAGAAGGUUAAGUUUAUAGAAUGCUGCAAGCGUGCUUGGGUCAUUCAGAGGGAACCUUCCAGUGAGAAUCUAGAUCAGUCUCCGACAUUGUCGGAGGUAUUGGAUGCUGGCCAAUUCAAUCCCCAAACGGGAGAAUUGGUUCAGAACAACCAAAGCAUCCCACUUGCCGAAGCACUACGCGCUGGUUUCAUUGACAAUGAUUCGGUUUCGGUGCGAGAUCCGACCGAUGGGGAAGUUCUACCCUUGCGAGUUGCGAUCGAGCGCGGCAUCAUCGAUCUUAAGUUGGGUGUGAUCUUCAACCGGGAAACCCAAGAGGAAAUAGACCUGAACGAUGCCUACAAUCGGGGAUACAUGUUGGAAGGUAAACGGAAGCCGAUUUCUCUCGAGGCAGCUGUUCGCAAGGGUUUGUACAAUCCUGAAUCUGGGUUGAUCUUGGACACUAUUACCGAAGAAAUGGUCGAUGUUCAGCAGUCCGUGGAUAAGGGUAUCGUUGAUCCGAAGAUUUCUAACGUCAAGGACACCAAGGAAAAUGUGCUGGUACCCUUGCAGGAUGCCUUGGACAAGAAGUUGAUCGACAGUGAGUCCGGCAAGCUGAAGGAUACGGAGACAGACCAGUUGGUUCCGUUGGACGUGGCCUUGGAGAAGAAAAUGAUGGACACGAAGCAGGUCACUCACAGUUUGAUUGAGGUUUUGAGCAAAGAGUUUUACGAUCCAAACUCGGGCAAGAUCUUGAACCCGGGAAGCGGUGAGGAGAGCAUUUUGAAGGACGCGAUCGACUCACAGCUUGUCGAGAUCGAGAGUGUUUUGGUUAGAGAUGAGCAGAAGGAUAAGGUUGUGAAAUGUGGGGAAGCCAUCGAAUCCGGCUUGCUGGAUGACGUUCGAGGAGUUUUGACAAGACCUGAAUUGACACUGGAUCGUGCCUAUCAGAAGGGUUAUAUUUUGAGCAACAAGAAGCCAAUUUCAUUGACAGAUGCUCUUUUGCGAGGUUUCUAUGACCAAAAUAGUGGACUGUUGCGUUUUGAUGGUGCGCCCGGAGUCACGCUUGAGAAGGCCAUUGCCGAUGGGGAGAUUUCUACAGCUGAUUUGAUCGUACGCGAUCCUAAGAGUAGGGGUGUUGUGAGCCUUUCGGAUGCUAUUCGAGGAGGUUUGGUGGACCCUGUUUCCGGACUGGUAGUUGAUUCUGGUUCUGGUUUGAGCAUGGGUAUGUUGGAAGCUCUGGACCGGGGUAUUAUUGUAGUGGCCAAGCGAAGGUGCAGUUUACCGGAUGCUGUGUUCCGUGGACUGUACGAUCCCAAAUCGGGUCAAUUCAGUAGUACAACAACUCCGGAAAAGAUGUCCACAGAGCGUGCCAUUAGACGUGGUAUGCUGGAUCCAGAGUCGACCAUUGUAAACGUUUCGGGUAAGAUUCAGCCAUUUGAACUUGCCAUCGAGAAUGGUACGGUAGAUGUUAAGCGAGGUACUAUUCUGGAUGAGGCAGGUAAUAAAAUUGAUUUCCGUGAAGCGUUCGAUCGUGGACUGCUUGUCGAAGUACGGAAACCCAUUAGUUUGAGCGAGGCCGUGGUCAAGGGUAUCUACAGAGAAAGCAGUGGCAUGUUUAUGGAUCCCAAGACCGGUAGGAAACUAACUCUUGAACAAGCGAUCGCUGAGAAGGUGAUCGAUCCGAAUUCAGUUCAAAUUAAAGAUCCAACGACUGGUUUCUAUAGAGAUCUUGAUCUGGUGGAAGCCAUUCAGAGUGACUUGAUCAAUGGGCAAGAUUCCAACGUCAAACACAGCGGAGACAAAAUCACUCUGAAGCAUGCAUUCGACAUUGGACUGCUUUACGACAGUAAGGCUCCGAUCAGUUUGCAGAGAGCGAUCCAUCAAGGAAUCUACGACGACAAGAGCGGAAAGAUUGUGGAUCCUGUUUCGGGACGCAAGAUCACACUGCACGAAGCCACAAGAAAGUUUGUGAUCAAUCCGCAGUUGCCCUGCUAUUUCAAUGAGACUGAUGAGGUUAUGCUCAAUCUGUUUGAAACCUGCCGGGCCAAGCUGAUCGAUCGCCGGGAAGGGGUGUUCAAGGAGCCUGGAAGUGAGGUUUUCAUACCUCUGAAUGAAGCUCUCGCAGUGGGUUUGAUUGUGGAUAUUGAAAGCGCUGGGUUCGGGUUGUACGAAACACUCGCUAUGGGAUUCUAUGAUAGGAAGAGUGGGAAGAUCAUUCAUCCGAUCACGAACCGGAAGAUAACGUUGGAGGAAGCUUGCAAGGAAGAUAUCGUAAAUGCGGGGUCUUCUAUUGUAAAGAACACCGUCACAGGGAAAUUCAUUCGUUUGGAUGAGGCAGUUAGUGCGAAGAUAAUUGACGAUAAUGAAGGGGUUUAUAUUCUUCCGAAGGGGAAUAAGAUCGAUUUACAGGAAGCUCGUCGCAAGGGUUUGAUAGUUACCAAUCAGAAGUUGUUGUCGUUAGAGAAGGCUAUUAAGUUGCACUUGUACCGGCAAGAUUCAGGAACAUUUGUGGAUCCCAUUACUGGUGAUCACGUAAAUCUACAGGAAGCUCUUGACACCGGACUUCUGGAUUUUGAGACUACGGUUUAUAAGGAUGCAGUAACAGGACAGGACAAACCUCUUAGGGCAGCUAUCGCUGAUCAGGACAUAGAUGUGCAGAAAGGCAAGGUUGUGGAUAGGAAAGCAGACAGGACAUAUAACUUUGACGUAGCAUUUAAUAAGGGUUUGCUGGUCACUGUUCAGAGACCGAUUACCGGGAAGAUCUUGGAAAGGAAAGAAAGCAUAGAUAACUUGCUACAGGAAUCACCACUAGGUAAGAGUCCGAAAGAGAUGAGCCUGAAGGAUGCUUUGAGACACGAAAUUGUAUCUCUUGAUAAGUCCGUCAUAAAGCAUCCCAAGAGUCAAAUAUUCGUGCCUCUGCGAGUAGCUAUACAGGAGAACUUGAUUUCCGAGGAAAGCCGUGCCACAGUUGAUCCGAAACAGUCGUUCUUCGUGUUCGAUGGCAAUUGCGUCGUAUUUGUUCGGCAACCGUUGACGUUCGAUCAAGCCGUUGAAUCUAGUCUACUGGACCUGUCGACCGGUAAGUUCUUGUACAAAACUCCAACGAUUGGUGGUGGUGCGACGGAAAGCGAUGUGACUGAAAUGUUGAACCUGAAAGACGCGAUCGGUCAUGGUCACAUCGAUCCCGAAUCGGUCCUACUGAAGGAUGGAGCUAAGAAGAAGUUCCUUCCCCUGCCGGAAGCGUUCCGCAAGGGGUUGAUCGAUGCUGAAAAGUCGAAUGUGUUGGACACCAACACAUCCAAGUUGACAUCUCUCCAGACGGCUGUGGACAACGGUCUGCUGAUAACUCCGAAACGUGCGAUUUGUCUUAUGGAUGCCCUUGACUAUAACAUGUAUAAUUCCGAACGGGGUACUUUUGAGGACCCGUUCCAUCCUAACCAACCUAAAACCUUAAAUGAAACCAUACAAACCGGUUUUAUUGACCCAACAACAACAAUGGUACGUGACAUAAGUAACAAUAGUGUAAUUGUGCCGUUGUUGACCGCCGUCGGCAACGGUCUAAUCGAUCCGAUCGGUGGACAAUUCAAUCUUGAAAGUGAACAAACUAAGAUAGAUCUCGUGAAAGCACGCGACCGUGGAUAUCUCAUACAAGCAGAGCAACGGCAAGCCGUUGUCGAGAAGUUUGCCCUCUGCGAAGACCAUCUUGCCAAACUUCUGGAAUGGGUUACGAAGGUCGAACAGGACAUUGCUUCCGUUGGUGGACCGAAGGAACGCGUUGACGAUUUGAGAAAUCAAAUCAAUUCGCUCAAGCAAAUCAAGGAUGACAUUGACGCCCAAUCGCGACCGGUGGCGUCCUGUCUGGAACAGGUUCGCCAGUUGGUCCUCACCGGUGGAGACGUCCUAAGCGCCCCUGAAGUUGCCGCCCUGGAAAGCUCUGGCCGUGAACUGCGCUCUCGGGUCGACAAAGCUCAGGACCGUACUGGCAAGCUACUCCGUCGUUUGGGUGCCGCUCGUGAUGAGCUCGGAAAACUUCGUUCCGAACUGGACACUUUCUCCGCUUGGCUGCAGACUUCCCGUAGAACGCUCGAGGACAAGGAAAGCACCCUGUCCGAUCUUAACCGCCUGUCCUCACAGUCCGAAUCGGUGAAGGAGUUCCACGGAGAUGUCGUCGCACACCAGGCCGAUCUACGAUUCAUCACCAUGGCCGCACAAAAGUUCGUCGACGAAUGCAAGGACUACCUCUCGGUUCUGAAUGACUUCCGCACCACACUGCCAGAGCGACUGCCGCACAUCGAACAGGUGUCCAGCUCGGACAGUCCAAUCCGUCAGGAGGUUUCUCUAGUCACUGCCCAGUAUCGCGACCUGCUGAAUCGUGCCAAUGCUCUGCUGGACCGCCUAGCAGGCCUUGGAGGUCGCCAGCGUGACUACCAGGAAUCUCUGGAUAAGGUUCGCUCAUGGCUGCGAGAUGUCCAACCUCGUGUCAGCGCGGUGCUAUCGGACCCUAUUGCUGCCGAUCCACAGUCCGUCCAGGAUCAAAUGAACCAAACCAAAGCAUUGCAAAGCGAGUUCCUGUCGCAGGGACGCCUUAUUGAUAAUGUACAACAUAGCUUGGAUGCACUGCUGAAGUCCCUUGCUGGACGUCUCAGCCCAUCCGAGGUAUCCGCUCUGGAAAUGCCCGUAGAAGACGUUAAGGACAAAUACAACCAACUUCUGGAAGCCCUUGGAGAUCGUUCAAAACUCCUGGACACCGCUUUGGUCCAAUCACAAGGUGUUCAAGAUGCCCUGGAUGGUCUGUCUGGCUGGAUCAACCAGUCCGAAGACAAAUUCAAGCUGCAAAACCGCCCUGCCUCUCUGAUUAAGGAUCGCCUCAACGAACAAGUCCGUGAACAUCGCGGACUAUUGAAUGAUCUUGAAUCACAUCGUACCAGCUUGGAAAGUGUAACACUGUCAGCACGCGAACUUAUGGCCAAUGCCUCCAAUGCCCGCCUCGCUAAGAGAAUCGAAACCAACUUAAGCGACGUCACCGGAAGAUUCGAAAAGCUGCUGGAUAAGGCCCUUAAACGCGGUGAAUUCCUCGAAGACACCCUCGCUCAGCUGAACAAGUUCAAUGAAGAUGCUUCCGUUUUGGAACAAGAACUUUCCAACCUCCAGGAAGCUCUCGAUGGUAGGGAACUGACCUCACUGCCAGCGGACACAUUGACUCAGCGAAUGAUUGAACUGACUAGAAAUAAGGAGCACCUCCGUCCGAUGUACGAAAACUGCGUCAGACUUGGUAAAGAUCUUAUCGCCAAGCGUGAUGUGACCGAUACUGGCGUAGUGAGGGAUCGCAUCAAGGCUUUGGAGAACUCCUGGAAGAAUCUGGAUGUCACUCUGGAAGAAAAACUUAAACUGUCCAAGCAAAAGGCCGAGCAAUUGAACGCCUACGAGGACCUCAAAGAUCAAGUCCUGGUGUGGCUAUCCAGCAUUGAAACCAGAACGAACAAUCUAGCUCCAGUGGCAGUAGAUGUGGAAACGAUCAAGUACCAGAUUGAAGAAGUGAAACCUUUGGUCAAGGAACAUCGUGACUAUGCAGUUACCGUUGAUAAGGUGAAUGACCUGGGAGCUCAAUAUGAUGCAUUGGUCCGUCCAGACAGCCCAACCCGCAAACGUUCUGUGUACAGUCCAAUCAAACGAUCAACCGUCAGCCCAAUGCGUCGAAUGUCGGGAGAUGCGCGAUCACCCAGCCCAACCAAGGGUCUGGGAAUCGUGGGACCAAGCCCAACAGUGUCCCCGCUAUCUCCCGGUGGAUCGAGCGGAUUCGGUAGUCGGCGAUCUUCGCAAGAUGGUUUCCAGCUAACCGAUCUUACACCGAUCCAGCAACAGCUGACGGAGAUCAACAAUCGAUACAGUUUGGUCGGGGCUCGUCUGAACGAUCGCCAAAACGAACUCGACUCCGUCAGGGAUGAAGUCCGCAAGCACCAGGAGAGUUUGAAGACUUUGGCCAACUUCCUAGACAAAAUCCAACGUCAAGUACCCAAAGAAGUCAUCAGCAAUAAGGACGAGGCCGAGCGGUGCAACAAACAAGCUCGUAAGGUUCUAGAAGAAAUGUACGAGAAGCAAAGCCUGCUUGAUUCUACCAAGGCGCAGGUGAAAGACUUGUUGAAACGCAAACCGGAUGUACAAGGGGCUGAUCGCUUGCGAUCUGAACUGGAUGCUGUGGCUGAUCGAUGGAAGAAUCUGCAUGACCUUUGCAAGGAUCGCAUCAAUUUCUCUGAACAGCUGCGAGAUUUCUUGGAUACCCACGAUAACCUCAAUUCCUGGCUCGGAGCUAAGGAACGCAUGUUGACCGUACUUGGACCGAUCUCCUCGGAUCCACGUAUGGUACAAAGCCAAGUUCAGCAGGUGCAAGUACUUCGCGAAGAAUUCCGUGGACAACAACCACAGUUGAAUCACCUACAGGAAGUUGGCAACGCCGUACUGGAAUAUCUCCGAGAAUCAUCUCCCGAGGGGCAAUCCGUUGCCACCAAAUUGAAGACCGUUCAGAAGAAAUGGGACGAUCUCGUCAGUCGUCUAGAAGAACGUGCCAAAAGUUUGGGAACCGCUGCCGACACAUCCAAAGAAUUUGAUGCAGGUCUCAACCGUUUACGCGAAGCUUUGCAAAACAUCAGUGACAAUCUGGACGCCCUUCCAACUGACCGCGACCACCAGGAAACGCUGCGAAAGAUCGAAAAUCUGGAACGACAACUGGAAGGACAGCGACCGCUCUUGGCCGAUUCCGAGGCUGCCGGUGAAGCUCUUUGCCGCGUUCUUAGCGAUCCAGCUUCCCGAGCUGACGUCAAUGCUCGGUUGGCAGCUGUUGGCAAGCAGUACCAAAACCUACAGAAGAAGUUGGACAACAGGAAGGCAGAGACCGAUUCCGCCCUGCGAGAUGGACGGCAGUUCGCUGAAACAUGUGCUCGUACUCUUGGCUGGCUAUCUGGGGAACUAGGCAAUCUCACUGAGCGCCUACUCGUGUCUGCACAUCGUCCAACCCUGCAGCACCAGAUCGACACCCAUGAACCGAUCUACCGUGAAGUGAUGAGCCGUGAACAUGAAGUGAUCAUGCUGUUGAACAAAGGUCGUGAAUUGCAAGAAAAGCCAGGACAGGCGGAUCGCACAGUGCAACGUGACUUGGAGAAGAUCUCUCAGCAAUGGGAGCGCCUGCGCAAUGCUGCUGUUGACCGCCAUUCCCGACUGCAGACUUGUAUGGAACACUGUAAGAAACAUUCCGCAGCGUCGGAAACCUUCUUGACUUGGUUGCGUGGUGCCGAAGAUAAACUAGCCUCAUUCAAACCUGGAGUCCUGAAGAAGUCACAGCUUGAUCAGCAACUAAAAGAACUGCAAACUUUCCGCUCCGAUGUAUGGAAGAAAUCAGGCGAAUACGAGAAUACCCGUGGACUGGGAGAGACCUUCAUUGGGGCAUGUGACGUAGACAAAGACCCGAUCAAGGCUGAGCUGCAGGAUAUGAAGGACCGAUGGGAGCGACUGAACAACGAUCUGAUCGCUCGUGCUCAAACGCUGGACACAUGCGCCAAACGUCUUGGAGACUUCAACGAAGAACUCCGUGAUCUUGAACAUGCUGUUGGACGCUGUGAAGAUCGUCUGGCGGCACAUGACGCUUUGGGAGGCGCUGCCAAGGACCCAAAAUUGCUGGAUCGUGUCAAGACUAUCAAGGAGGAUGCCUCAGCUCUUCGUAGACCGUUGCAAGGAGUUCGCAAACUUGCAGGAGACAUUGCUGUUGAAGCUCGAGCAGUGGGAGGCGAUGCGGAGCAUCUGAAGCAUAACGUUGAUGGAAUUGCUGAUCGUAUCGAGGAUCUUCAUGCUCGUUUGGAUGACCGAUGCGGUGAACUGCAAUCAGCUGCCACGGCAGUAUCGCAGUUCAACGAUGCCGUUAAAGCUUUGGGAGUCGACCUGAAUGAUCUGGAAAGUCAAAUAGAUUCUUUGAGCCCACCGGCUCGAGAAAUCAAGACGGUGGUGAACCAACUUGAUGAGGUCGCUGGUAUUUUGAGCAAAAUCGAACGUACCGCCGGUCACGUCGCUAGCGUUGAACGAGCUGGAGAACAACUGGUUGAUUCAGGAUUUGCACCGGAUACAGUUGGUACACGAGAUCAGAUUGGUACCUUGCGGCGACAACUUGGCAAGCUGGAGAACCGAGCACGCGAUCAUGAUGAUGCAUUACAGAAGGCUUUGAAGGCUCUGCAGAAAUUCUAUGAUCUACAUCAGCGUACGUUAGAUGAUAUGAAUGAAGUGGCCGAUCAGGUGAAGAAACUGAAACCGGUGAGCUCCGAAUUGGAACAGAUUCGUAAUCAACAAGAUGAUUUCCGCCGCUUCAAGCAGCGUCAUGUAGAACCCUUAAUUGCCAAUAUCGAUGAAGUCAACCGAAGUGGCCAGGAUCUUAUCCGAUCUGCUCAAGGUGGUGUUCCGACUGGAGUUCUGGAGAAAGAUCUCGAAAGGAUCAAUGAGAAAUGGAAUGGCCUUAAGGAGAAGAUGAAUGAACGUGAUCGUCGAUUGGAUGUUGGACUGUUGCAGUCUGGAAAAUUCCAGGAAGCAUUGGAUGGUCUUUCCAAAUGGCUGAAGGAUACGGAAGAAAUGGUCGCCAACCAGAAACCUCCAAGUGCCGACUACAAGGUGGUUAAGGCUCAGUUGCAAGAGCAGAAAUUCCUCACAAAGAUGCUGAUGGAUCGCCAGAACUCUAUGUCUUCGUUGUUCCAACUCGGACAGGAAGUUGCAGCUGGUUGUGACGCUUCGGAAAAGGCCGCCAUUGAACGCCAGCUGAAGGAAUUGAUGGGACGCUUUGACGCCCUGACAGACGCUGCCCAGACUCGUACCCUAGACCUGGAACAGGCCAUGCACGUUGCCAAACAGUUCCAAGAUCAGUUGAACCCUCUCACGAAAUGGUUGGAUGGAGCUGAACGUGCUGUGAAGGCAAUGGAACUUGUGCCGACUGAUGAAGAGAAGAUUCAGCAGCGUAUUCACGAACAUGAACGUUUGCAUGAUGAAAUUCUGUCUAAACAACCUGACUUCAGUGAACUGGCUGAUAUUGCCGGUCAGCUCAUGGAACUGGUUGGUGACGAUGAAGGAGUGGUGCUCAGCGAGAAGGUCAAGAAUACUACUGAUCGGUACACAGAUUUGGUCCAUGCCAGCGAGAAUAUAGGACACGUGCUGAAUGAGUCGCGUCAAGGUCUGCGACACCUGGUGCUAACCUAUCAGGAUCUAGUCUCUUGGAUGGAAAAUAUGGAAAGUCGUCUGCAACGAUUCCGUGUUAUUCCAGUACACACAGAAAAGCUGCUGGAACAGAUGGAUGUAUUGGUGGAGCUCAAUGAAGACAUUGCAAGCCGAUCACCGAUGGUGGAAUCUACGGUUGAAGCAGGAUCAGAGCUAAUGAAACACAUUUCUUCGGAUGAAGCGCUACAGCUGAAGGAUAAGUUAGACUCACUACAGCGACGUUAUGGAGAACUUACAACGAAGGGUGGAGAUCUUUUGAAACACGCACAAGAUGCCUUGCCGUUAGUACAGCAGUUCCAUCAAUCGCAUAUCCGCUUGGUCGAUUGGAUGCAAGCUGCUGAAUCUACACUGUCUACAGGAGACUCCAAUGAAAUCGACAUCGUACGCUUGGAAGCUGAUUUGAGUGAAAUGAGACCUGUACUUGAAACCGUAAACUCGGUUGGACCUCAGCUAUGCCAGAUCUCCCCAGGAGAAGGAGCUUCUACAAUUGAAGGCAUAGUUACUCGUGACAACCGUCGAUUCGAAGCGAUUGUUGAGCAAAUCCAACGCAAGGCCGAACGUCUACACCUUAGCAAACAACGGUCCAACGAAGUCACUGCCGAUAUCGAUGAACUGCUGGAAUGGUUCCGCGAUAUGGAUGCCACUCUCCGUGAUGCUGAUCCACCUGCAAUGACACCCAAGUUAGUGAGAGCUCAGUUGCAAGAACAUCGCUCGAUCAACGAUGACAUAUCCAGUCAAAAAGGAAGAGUUCGAGACGUCACUUCGGCAGCAAAGAAGGUUCUACGAGAGUCACAGCCUAAUGAAAACACCAUAGCUCUACGAGAGAAAUUGGAAGAUCUUAAAGAAGUUGUCGACACAGUGGCUGGACUCUGCUCCAAUCGUUUGGCUAUACUUGAACAAGCUCUGCCACUGUCGGAACACUUUGCCGAUUCGCACACUGGCUUGGUAACCUGGUUGAACGACAUGGAACAUCAAAUCUCCAUGCUCGCAAUGCCAGCACUCCGUCCUGAUCAGAUUGCUAUCCAACAAGACAAGAACGAACGGCUGACGCAAUCGAUCUCCGAGCACAAACCACUUCUGGAUAAACUGAACAAGACGGGAGAAGCCUUGAUGGCUCUGGUUGCCGAAGACGAUUCGGCCAAGAUCAGUGAAAUUCUCGAAUCGGACAAUGCCCGCUACGCAGCAUUGCGUACGGAACUCCGUGAACGUCAAAACGCUUUGGAACAAGCUCUACAAGAAUCUAGUCAGUUCUCGGACAAAUUGGAAGGUAUGCUGCGUGCUCUACAAAACACUGCCGAACAGGCCAACCAGGCCGACCCGAUUUCCGCCCACCCGCCGAAGAUUCGGGAUCAAAUCGAGGAGAAUGCAGCGCUCGUUGAAGACAUUGAUAAGCGUGGAGAGGCCUUCGCUGCUGUUAAACGUGCCGCUACCGAUGUGAUUUCCAAGGCUACCAACCAGUCGGAUCCAGCUGUCCGUGACAUCAAGAAGAAGCUGGACAAAUUGAACAACUUGUGGAACGAGCUACAGAAAACGACCAGCAAACGAGGAUCUGCCCUAGAUAAUACACUUUCCGUAGCGGACAAGUUCUGGAAGGAGAUGCAAGCAGUCAUGGAGACACUGAAGGAGCUGCAAGAGGCACUUCAAACGCAAGAACCUCCAGCGGCACAACCGCAGGCCAUCCAGAAGCAGCAGGUCGCUCUGCAGGAAAUUCGUCAGGAAAUCGACCAAACCAAACCGGAAGUGGAACAGGUGCGUCGAACCGGAAGCAACUUGAUGUCGCUCUGCGGCGAACCGGACAAACCCGAGGUGAAGAAACACAUCGAGGACCUGGACCACGCCUGGGACAACAUCACCGCUCUGUAUGCCAAGCGCGAGGAGAACCUGAUCGACGCCAUGGAGAAGGCCAUGGAGUUCCACGAGACGCUUCAGAAUCUGCUGAACUUCCUGGCCAAGGCCGAGGACCGGUUCCAGAAGUUGGGCCCACUCGGCUCGGACAUCGAAGCCGUCAAGAAGCAGAUCGAACAGCUGAAGCACUUCAAGGACGACGUCGAUCCGCACAUGGUUGAAGUGGAGGCGCUGAACAGAGCAUUGAACAGGCAAGCGGUUGAGCUGACCGAGCGUACUUCAGCCGAACAGGCGAGUGCCAUUCGUGAGCCGCUGAACUCGGUGAACCGUCGCUGGGAGAAUCUACUCCGCGGAAUGGUGGAACGGCAGAAGCAGCUAGAACACGCUCUGCUUCACCUGGGUCAGUUCCAGCACGCUUUGAACGAGCUGUUGGUCUGGAUCAACAAGACCGACUCCAACUUGGACGAACUGAAGCCCAUUCCUGGAGAUCCGCAGUUGCUGGAGGUUGAAUUGGCCAAGUUGAAGGUACUGGCUAAUGAUAUCCAUGCUCACCAGAGCUCGGUUGAUACGUUGAACGAUGCUGGUAGGAAGCUGAUUGAAAACGAUCGUGGAUCAUUGGAGGCAUCUACCACUCAGGAUAAGCUCCAGCAGUUGAACAAACAAUGGAGAGAUCUUUUGCAGAAGGCAGCUGAUCGUCAGCAUGAGCUGGAAGAAUCGCUACGUGAUGCUCAAGCAUUCACCGCAGAAAUCCAAGAUCUUCUUGGAUGGUUGGGCGAUGUGGAUGCCAUCAUUGGAGCAAGCAAACCUGUUGGUGGACUGCCGGAAACUGCUUCCGAGCAAUUGGAACGGUUUAUGGAAGUCUACAACGAAUUGGAAGAAAACAGACCGAAGGUCGAAACGUUGAUCGCACAAGGACAAGAAUACGUACGUAGACAGACACAGAUGCAGGUUUCAGCCAGUAAUCUGCAGCAUACGCUUAGAACACUGAAGCAACGCUGGGACGCUGUAGUUUCUAGAGCUUCCGACAAGAAGAUCAAGUUGGAAAUUGCCCUGAAGGAAGCUACCGAGUUCCACGACGCCCUACAGGCAUUCGUAGAAUGGCUGACUCAAGCUGAGAAGCAACUAUCUUCGGCUUCUGCGGUUUCCCGAGUGCUUGAAACGAUUCAGCAGCAGAUGGAAGAGCACAAAAUCCUACAGAAGGACGUUUCCAUCCAUAGAGAAUCGAUGCUCUUGCUGGACAAGAAGGGAACGCAUUUGAAGUAUUUCAGUCAGAAACAGGACGUUAUUCUGAUUAAGAAUCUGCUGGUCUCGGUGCAGCAUCGCUGGGAACGCGUGGUUGCUAAGGCCGCUGAACGAACUCGUGCCUUGGACCAUGGUUACAAAGAAGCCCGCGAAUUCCACGAUGCUUGGCUGCAGCUGACCACGUGGUUGAAGGAAACCGAGACUACGCUGGAUACGCUUGCUGAAGAACCGAGCAACGAUGCCGUGAAAAUCAAGAAGCACUUGGAAAAACUUCGGGAAAUCCAACGCCACCUGCAGUCGAAGGAGAGCUUCUAUGAUAGCACAAUGCGUAACGGCAAGGGAUUGAUGGACCGUGCUCCAAAAUCUGAUGAACCGGUGCUUUCGAAGAUGAUGAACGAACUUAAGGAUUCAUGGAAACGUGUGUGCCACAAGAGCGUCGAGCGCCAACGCAAAUUCGAGGAGGCUUUGUUGCUGUCUGGUCAAUUUGCGGACGCUCUACAGGCGUUACUUGAAUGGCUGCGCAAGGCGAAGGCUCGACUUGCCGAAGACGGACCAGUACAUGGUGACUUGGAUACGGUAACUACACUUUUUGAUCACCAUAAGCAGCUGGAAUCCGACCUGGACAAACGUUCCGCACAAAUGCAAAGCGUCAUGAAGACUGGCAAGGAUCUGGAAAAGUCCGAUGAAACGCGCGAAACGAGCAAGAAUCUGCGAGAAUUGCAGAAACUGUGGGAGGAUGUCCAGGACCUGAGCUCCCGUCGCAAGUCACGCUUGGAAGUGGCACUGAAGGAAGCCGAACGCCUGCACAAAUCAGUUCACAUGCUGCUGGAAUGGUUGUCCGAGGCCGAACAGAAACUACGCUUCGCCGCGGCCGCUCCGGACGAUGAAGCCCAAGCCAACGAUCUGCUGGAUGAGCAUGCUCGCUUCAUGAAGGAACUACGCGAGAAGGAGUUCGACAAGGAAGAAACCCUUGGAUUGGCGAACUCCAUUCUGGGCAAGGCUCAUCCGGACGCGGUUCCGAUCAUCAAGAACUGGAUCUCGAUCAUCCAGUCCCGGUGGGACGAAAUUUCCCAAUGGGCGCUGAGCCGACAGAGCAAGCUGGAGUCGCACCUGAAGUCGCUGAAGGAUCUGGAUGAUUCGAUCGAGGAACUGCUGGCUUGGCUGGCCGGACUGGAAUCUACCUUGCUGAAUCUUGAACAAGAAGCACUGCCGGACGAGAUUCCACCGCUGGAGGCGUUGAUCGCCGACCACAAGGAAUUCAUGGAAAACACUGCCCGUCGCCAGGGUGAGGUGGAUCGUGCCUGCAAACCACGCCAACCGCCACCAGGGUUGAAAGAAACGCGAAAACCGUCCCGCGGUGUGCUCAAGACACCAGUUAGAGGAUCACAACCAGAUUUGCGCGAACAUUCGCCAGACUACGGCACCCUAGGACGAAAGCAAAGUUUCAAGGGAUCACGCGAUCAAGGGCUUAAUUCACGUCGUACCAGUCGUGUGAGUCCUGGACGCGAAACCCAGACGCCGGAACGGGAUCGCCUGCCACACUACGGUCCACGAUUCUCGCCAAGCAAUCAACCCGAAACCGAGCUCCGCUCCCCACGGGCCAAGCUCCUCUGGGACAAGUGGCGCUACGUGUGGAUGCUGGCGUGGGAACGCCAACGGCGCCUGCACGAUCACCUGCUCUACCUGCAAGACCUGGAGCGCGUCCGGCAGUUCAGCUGGGAGGAAUGGCGCAAGCGGUUCCUCAAGUUCAUGAACCACAAGAAGUCCCGCCUGACGGAUCUGUUCCGCAAGAUGGACAAGGACAACAACGGACUGAUCCCGCGGGAGGUCUUUAUCGACGGAAUCAUCGGAACGAAAUUCGACACCUCGAAGCUGGAGAUGAACGCCGUGGCCGACCUGUUCGAUCGCAACGGCGAAGGACUGAUCGACUGGCAGGAGUUCAUCGCGGCGCUUCGGCCGGACUGGCAGGACCGCAAACCGAAAACCGACGCCGACAAGAUCCACGACGAGGUCAAACGGUUGGUGAUGCUGUGCACGUGUCGUCAGAAGUUCCGAGUGUUCCAGGUCGGCGAAGGCAAAUACCGGUUUGGAGACUCCCAGAAGCUGCGUCUAGUGCGAAUUCUACGAAGUACUGUGAUGGUUCGCGUCGGAGGAGGAUGGGUAGCACUUGACGAAUUCCUGGUCAAGAACGAUCCUUGCCGAGUUGCGCUAGUGCUACCCCUACCGAACCCAAACGAUCCACGCCAGCACGAGGCGUGCUGCCCACUGUCCAAGGGACGCACCAACAUCGAGUUGCGCGAGCAAUUCAUCCUGGCCGACGGCGUUUCACAAUCGAUGGCUGUCUUUAAGCCGCGCAUGUCCGGUUCGGCCGGUUCGGGAUCGACUCAAGCGGGCUCACCCAUCCCGACGCAGGGCCCGAUUGUGAAGGUGCGAGAACGUUCAUCGAAGUCGAUAUCGAUGUCGCGACCGUCCCGAUCGUCCAUGUCGGCGUCCACACCAGAUUCGCUUAGUGAUAACGAAAGUAGCUUAGGAACUCCCGGACGUUUCCAGACGCCCAGCCGUAAAACUUCAGUGCCAAUCAGAUCUCAGAUGACCCCCGGUGGAUCGCGAGCAAACUCGAGGCCCAGCUCCCGACCGGCAAGCCGUGCCGGUUCGAAGCCACCUUCGCGUCACGGAUCGACACUGUCGCUGGAUAGCACCGACGAUGCCACCCCGUCGCGGAUUCCGACCCGGCGGGUAACCAGUACGACUCCCCGGCCAUCGCGCCUCUCGGUGGGUUCGACCACGACCAACACGCGGACCACCAACGGCGUCUCAUCGAGGACGGCAUCCGGUGCCGCUUCACCCGCCCCCACGAGAAACGGUGGCAUGAGUCGAUCAUCCAGCAUACCAACACUAGUAGGACUACCAAAUAGCAGCCAACGCUCUCGGAUACCGGUGAGACAGAUGUCCAAUGUGUCGAAUUCUUCUUCAACCACGGGGAAAACGAGUGGAACGUCCACGCCGUCCGGCAUGCAGACACCCCGGCGGACCUCUGUGGAGCCCCAAACGCCCGGCAGCAGUAGUACGCGACCGGAUCGAAGCUCCCGGGGAACGACACCCGCCACCGAGAAGCGUGCCCCCUUUAGACUUUAAGACCGCCCCCCUCGAAAACCCCAAGGUAAAGAAAAAGACGACGAACGAAACUCGAACCUCACCAUCCCCGCCCCCCCCCCCCACGUCUAACACCAAUAACCCCCACCCUCCCCGUAGCAGUUAUGGUGUGUAAUGUCGCAAGUGACAUUGAGGGUUUUGUUACGGCUGCAAAAUAGUCGUCGAAGACUGCCUUAGAACCUCUCGAUAAAACCGGUAAUGUUACUUGAGGAACGGCAGUAACACCGGAUUUGGAGCCCCAAGGCUGGAACGAGGAACAGUCGUUCGUCACCCAACUAACCAGUUCAAAGUAUUUUCUUAUUGUUUUCGUUUUUUUUUUCUUUUAAUGCAUAAGAAAGAUUGCUUUUCUUCAAACGGGAAGAAUUAAAGAGUUAUGCAACCGAACUAUACCUAAUCAUCACUCCGAUGAUUAGAGAGCGCUUAGCAGAUGCUUGUUAGGAGCUGUAACGUUUUUUUUUUCGGUUGGUUUAUUGAAACUACCAGUGAGGGAGAGAAGUAUAUCGAUCAGAGUCCCCUAUGAGAAAGACGCAACGCAAAGAGAUUGUUAGGAAAAAGGUCUCCUAGUGGCAGUUUAGGUUCUUUUUAGUUGGAAUCGAACCUUUAUAGAACCAGGAUUGUUAGCUAGGGAUGAGCAGCUGAAAGUGUCCGAAAUUGUACAUAUAUUUUUAGAUUAGAAACGGAAUAAAACUUGUAAAAAUUGAUUCAAUCUAGAGAAAUAGGAAAAACUUUGUUAUAUUCUGUGAAAGGAAUUACUUCUCAUAAUUGGAAAUAUACUCCAGAAACAUUCUUUGUAUUCGAAUGCAAAAGGCAAAAUAGUAACGGAUCAACCGCUUGAGAUUGAAAAUGGAAGUAGAAUAGGGGACUGUCGGGCGUACAAUUGAAAAUUGUUCAGGUGAGAACUUUCCCAGAAAGUGGAGAAACGGCAAUCGGAGAAAAUCGCCAGUUCUGUGAUUGCAAUUUCCCUGCUUUUUGGAAUUAAAUUUCCCUGACAAGGAAAAACUAAGUUAAAACAGGAUGAACGAAUACCUAAUUAUGAUUAACAUGUGUUCAAGCGAAAGGAAGAACGAAUGGUUGAGCGAAUUUGCAGUGAGACAGUGUUGUUUUUGUUUGUACUUUUAUUUAAAUUAUUUAUACAAGAUGUAGAAAAUAUAAGAUUUUUUGUUUCCACAUUAUUUUUGCAACCUUGCCCAAGAAAAAAAGUUUCCGUGCACCAUUCGCUCCAAGGAAAAAGGAUCGCCAGCCUUGUCCGGAGACCGAAUAGAGAGGCACCAGAAUAGAUGCAAUCCGGGACAAACGAUCGAAAGGCAAAACGUCGAAAGGGCGAACGGUCCUUUCGAUCUUUUACUCUCUCGAUGUUUCGUCCCUACAUCCAAUAGACGAUGUCGCAGGCAGGUUUUGUUUUUUUUCUUAUCAUAUCAUUUCCGUCGAGAUGCUCUUUCGAAUCAAGACUCCCGAAAUGGGUUUUAAAGUGAGGAAAAAUCGCCAGUUUUCAUCUCACUUGUCCCUUUUAUCCGUUGAAGUAUUUUUCUUCUCGCGACGGCAUCUCGAUAAGGGAUUUGAUAACAUUUUCGAGUUUGCUGUGCCCCCUUUAGUGCAAGCAAUCGGGUUAGAGCUUUCAAACAAAAUGAAGAUAAAAUGCCGAAACAUUAGACCUUACACAGAAGGAGAAACACACAGACACACACCUUUAAGCAGUUAUUAACUACAUUAACUACUACAAAAAAGUCAUUUAGUUGCGUAAGAUCAGAACAUUACUACAUAGGUAUAUUAUGCAAAUAUUAAUUGAUUAACUAAUUGCCCAAGCAAAUGCUAAGCCGUUUUUUGUAAUUGAAGUUUAAAUAGUUUUUUAUACAAAAAAUACAAGAAAAAAGAAACAAAAAUAUCACAUAAAACGAAUAAUUCCUAGGAUAAUGACAGAAAACGACGGAGAGAAAAAGAAAAGCAUAAGACGACACAGAUAACUACUACUAGCUUACGGAAUUAACUUCACACAGAUUUUUUUCAGCUACAGCAGUUAUACUUUUACACUACUACAUGUGAUUCAAAAUGUAACACGAAAGAAGAAAAAAAAAAUCUCAUAAAAAUAAUAAACGAAAAUUGAAUAAUCCAGAA